UCGGUGAACAAGGUGAAUGUGCGCGUUGAAUGUAAACGCGUUUAUUUAUCUGAACUGAACUAGAACAUUUGUAAUACGAGAUAGCUAAUACUCAUUCAACAUUUUGUUCUAUAUUCCAAUGAAAGGACUAACUAUGUGUGUGUUAUUGUGGAAAGCGAAUACAAAUAUGUUAAUAACAGAACAUAUACCUCUCUGGCUGUUAACAAUGGAGCCGAGCAACCUGCAGUUGGCCUCGCUAGGUCACAUGCCUAGCUUGGGCAAACUAGACACACAGCGCUUUUUCGAUGAUUACUUGCAUCGUGGCACUAUUAUGGCCAUGAGUAAAACGUAAAAUUCUCAUGAUAUGUGGCAUCUUCAGAACAAAUAACGACGGUUGGACACCUUAAUCUUAGUGAACUUAAAAUUAGGCAAUUAUGUGUUCAUGUUUAGAGAUAAUGAUAAAUCUAAAAUUGAACAAUUUGAAGUGCAUUUUAAGUUAUAGGUAUACAUGAGUUGGUUUAGAUCACUUAAUAUUUUGGCUUUUUUCAUUUAAAUUGGAUAUCAAAUGAGUUAAAUGAAAAAAUACACGAGCACGCGCGCAACAUAUUGUUACUUUCAGAGGUGACCGACUUAAAUUGUAUCGACUUUUUGUGAGAACGAUUCAACAAACCGGAAGUAGAGAUGACUCAUUCGUUGGAAAACCAAACCACGCCGGAGGCCAUAUUUACAAACAUUAACCGCAAUGUCGGUAGAUACUUUCAGCUUGAUUGUUAUUGUAUUAUGGUUUUUACUGGUAUUUUUCGCAAAGGCGUCUCAUAAACAAGAUACAAUUAAAUAUAUUCUAAGCAAAGAUCUUAUGAAUGCAUUUCCUUUUCUCAACGAAGAACUAUGGAUUGUUCCAAUAUCAAAUGUGCCGCCAUUAUACAGUAAUUUCAACGACUUACGCUAUGAAAGAAAUAGAUUUACAACUUUUCAGAAUUUUCCUGGUUUUGUAGGAAUUAGUUUUAUACGUUUGGCCGAAUCGGGCUUUUAUUAUAUCGGCUCUGGAACAAACAUUCAGUGCAUUUUCUGUGGUGCAACCCAUGAAAACCUGGAUGCAUAUAGCUUGCACACAGACCCAUCUAGGCUCCAUAAUCACAGGUGUAGUUUGGAAUCUCGAACAAGACAAGGAAACACCCCUAUGCAUCCAGAUUCUCCAUAUGGAAACAACGAUGAUAGAACCCAGAGACUACCCACACCAGAUCUUCUUCAGUACAAUCACCUGAAUGCAGUUCAUGCUAAUCAACAGGAAACAGAAGCACUAAGCAGAUUUGGCAUUCAAACCAGAAUGCCAAAACAUCCGAAUUUUGCAAUACCUGACAGUCGUCGCCUCACUUUUGGAAAUAGCCCGGAACAACUCAAUGAUAGGGCAGAAGAAUUUGCACGAGCUGGUUUUUUCUACACAGUGUUUUAGUAUAUUUGAAGCUUGAUUGAUGCCAUUUCUACACUGUACAUGUAAAAUACUGAGCUUGAUGGGACUUGAAGCUGAGAAUGUGUACCAACAGUCUUCUCCACAUCAUUCUGUUGAAAGGUUGAUGCCACACAUCCAGUUUACAAGUCCCCAAGCUACGCAUUUGCCUGUGACCAGAAAUUAUUGGGACGAAGUGCGAUGUUUUCAUUGUGGAAAAACAUUGGAUAAUUGGUCCCCAAAUGACAACCCAUGGAUUGUACAUGCACGAUUCUCUCCGGACUGCACAUACAUGGAGCUGAAUCCUGAGUGGACCAGUAACUUUCGACGUAUCCACCGACCUCACGAAUUGCUACCUCAACAACCCCAAGAUUCGCUCAGUGUCCAAACACCACCUGAUGGACAAUGCCAGGCCGAGCGUGCUCUUGACGGUCACUGCAGGCAAUGUCACCUACAACCAUCGACGGUGCUACUCCAACCAUGUGGACACUGGGUGCACGAUAUAUGCAAGGACUGUGCGAUAUCUUCGUGUGAAUGCCCCAUAUGCAGGCAAGGGGUUGUGAAAAAGUCGUUCUAGUACGACUCAAUUCUAUACAUCUUCACAUUCCCGAAAAUUCAGUGUCCUAUUGUAAUUAACAGACAGAAAAACACUUAAGUGAACAUUCAAGGAAAAUGGUAUAACUGCUUAAUGUAAACGUUUGUGUUUUUACCUGAACAAAUGAAUGCGGAUACUAUUCAGUUUGAUUGAACUAGCUACGUAUUAUUAACCCUUAAACUUAUUAAAUGGCAAACAUUUGUUAAGAGAUUUUUUUGUAUUUAAAUACUACGCGUCUUUUUAAGCAAGACAUAUCGUUUAUGUUUUUAUGUAAUUCUUUCUUACAUGGCAGUAUAUGCAAAGUUAAAGGAAGCACAUAGGGCAAUAGUAUUCUAAAUCACUGAAAAUAAUGUAUAUAUCCUUCCUUAAAACACUAAAGUAACGUUUAUAAAGUAAGGUAUUUAUUUAAAUAGGAUAAUAUUGAAUUAUAUUACGCUACGAUAAUAGAUUUUAGAAAUAAUUGUGCAGUAUAUCAUUGUACAGUUAAUUUAUCAACGAGCAUUUCAUUAUGUUCGUUUAUUGUUAUGUUUGUAAUAUAUUGUAUUUAUUGUUUGUUAUACUUGUGUCAAACAUGAACAACUUGCAAUUUUGUAUGAUAAAACAAACUUAAAAGAGA